CCUAUCACCAUCUCUUCUCCCUGCUCCCAAACCUCAACCCCCACCCCAAGCAGGAUGCAGUUUCCAUGACAACCUGGCCGGGCCAGAAAAGGGGGCGGGGGACUGCAGAGGAAAUUUUCCACAUCAGCAGCAAGGGAGGAGGGCACGGUGCAGGGAAGGAACUGGCCCAUACGAUGGGGGCCAUGCAGGGCCCCUGGAGCCCCAAAUCACCAUGCCCACAGCCCCGAGCACCGUCACCCCGCCUCCGCCCAGCCAACUGGCACCCUCACCUCUGGGCUGCGGGGAAGGGGGACGGCUUGGGAGAGGCUCAAGGGUCAAAUGUCCAAAGAUCAGCGGCUGCCCAGGCCUGGUGUGUGGUGGGGGGAGCGGGCAGCCGGCAGCUGACGGAGCUCGGACCGCAGACCAGACCACCAGACUCAAGGACAUGGCCCUGGACAGGGUCCCGCGGAGGGUGGGAGUGGUGGGCUACGGCCGGCUCGGACAGUCCCUGGUCUCCCACCUGCUGACUCAGGGGCCGGAACUGGGCCUAGAACUGGUUUUUGUCUGGAAUCGAGACCCAGGACGCCUGGCAGGGAAAGUGCCCCCCUCCCUGCAGCUGCAGAACCUCGCUGACCUUGGGGAGAGGCACCCCGACCUUGUGGUGGAAGUGGCCCAUCCCAAAAUAAUCCAGGAAUCUGGGGCACAGAUCCUGCGCCACGCCAACCUCCUGGUGGGGUCCCCCUCAGCCCUGGCUGACCAGGCCACAGAGCGGCAGCUCCUGGAGGCUUCCAGACGCUGGAACCACGCCGUGUUCGUGGCCCGGGGGGCCCUGUGGGGCACUGAGGACAUCAGCAGACUGGACGCGGCUGGCGGCCUCCAGAGUCUCCGUGUCACCAUGGCCACACAUCCCGAUGGCUUCCGGCUGGAGGGUCCCCUGGCCGCAGCUCAGAGCACCGGGCCCCGCACUGUGCUCUACGAAGGCCCUGUGCGCGGGCUCUGCCCCUUUGCUGCAGCCAGCUCCCUUCCAGGCCCGGGAUCCACAUCUGCUGAGCAGUCUCGCCUCAUUACCUCCCCCCACCGCCCCCGUGCACCCGCUGCCCUGGCCUCAGUUUCCCUGGACUCCCCCCUGUCUCAGUAA